UCUGAGAAUCCCCUAAAAAAUAGGUUAUUCUACGAAAUUAGAGUGUUGAGUAAUCGGUAGUUUUUAGGGGAUGUUUAAGUCAAUUUAGCAGUUUCAGAACGAAAUCAACACAGGUUGAUUAGCUUGGAUCUUUGCUUUUGUAAAGAAAUAUGGCAGAUGGCGAGAGUGAUCUCAGUGAUGAUGAUUUUGUGAACAUUGAAAUGGAUCCACAAAAUAUUAAGCCUAAAACGGUCAAUGGGCUGGUCACUGUUGACUUGUCCAACUAUGAUAUCAUUUCAAAUUUUCCGAAUUUCCCCAACAACAUCCAGGUUGUUAGAAUGUGUACAAGUGCACUAAAAGAUAUCCCAGGACAAAAGAGUAAAAUUCCUGAUGAUUUCUGCCAAAUGUUAUGCCUUAAAGARCUGUUUUUGUUUGGGGAUGCUGCCCGAGGUGAUUCAGUAGGCUUAUCAUGUCUACCAAAGCAUUUUGGAAAUCUGAGAAGCCUGGAAGUGUUGAAUUUGGAACAUAAUAACUUCAGUGAAUUUCCAGAGGAAAUUUGUGAUCUGGUUGGUCUUAAGAAGCUUUAUUUGAAUGGAUGUGGGCUAACAUCUAUCUCACCCAGAAUCAACAAUCUUUUAAAUCUCUUGGAGGCAGAUUUGAGCGAUAAUAACUUUUCUUCAGGGCUUUGUAAAGAGCUGUUUGAUCUCCCAAGACUGAAAGAUUUGUAUCUUAUGAACUGUUCUUUGUCAACACUUCCUGAAGAAAUUGGAAACCUAAAGGUUCUGCAAGGUUUGAGGUUGAUGGAAAACAUGUUAACAGAAUUCCCAGAACAGUUGUACACAAUGAAGCACCUUAAGAAAUUAUCAGCUCCUAAGAAUAGAAUUUCCAAACUAUCUCCAAAAGUCAUUGGUCUGGAGUCCCUWACGGUGCUUGUUUUAGCUGAAAAUAAUCUCAUGUCUUUGCCAGAUGAAAUAAGCAAGCUGCCAUUCUUGCAAGUUUUGGAUGUUUGUAAAAAUAAACUGACAUGUCUACCCGAGAGUGUUACUAAACUGAAAGAAUCUUUACGGAUUAAAAUUCAUGAAAACCAUUAUUUACACAAGCCUCCACUCAGUGUUUGUUCAAAAGGGAUAGAUAGUAUCAAGGGGUUCUUUUCAUCAAUGGCCAAAAGUGAUAAAUUGCACUCAAACCGCAUCAAAAUUGUGAUGCUCGGCGAAUCUGGUGCAGGGAAAACAUUCCUGACCCAUGCACUGGUCAAUUGCAAAGCCUGUGAAACAGAGACCAAUGACAGCACCAUUGGAGUUGAAAUGCACCAUUGCCCAUUUGGAGAAGAUGGACUUGAGGCGUGUAUUGUGGAUUGUGCUGGUCAACGWCGUUAUCAAUUGACUCAUCCAUUCUUUUUAUCAGAGGAGGCACUUCAUGUUAUUGUCGUCAACUUAAAAACAUAUGAUACCAGCGACAGUCAGUCAUUUGAGAGACAUGUUGAAGACUGGAUCAAUUGGGUAACAGCACGCCUUACUAAACCUCGCAUCAUGGUUGUAGCCACCCACAGGGAUGAGCUAACAGAUGCCAAAGUCAUUGAAAAGUGUAAUGAUAUUCUGACCAAAAUUCAAAAACAUGAAGAAAAAGAAAUCAAGCAACUUGAUAGAGAAAUCAAACAAGCAGAAAAGAAGUCAUCCUUACAAGAGGACCGUGAGGGGGCACGGUUGAAAGCAGGAAAYUUGAGGUGGCUCAGGAAUAAUAGACCWUUUAUAUCAUCUAAGGUGCUACUUGGAGAUGAUUCUAAGAAGGAAAAAGGAAAAGGCCAACAAGCAUAUCUGAAUCUUGUGGCUGUUUCAUCCACRGAAGAGCUCAAAGGAAUGAUCCUUUUACGUAAUGAAAUUUGCAGAGUAGCAAGGUGUAAAACGUCUUCAACAAGUGAAAAGGAAGAUGCCUUAUUCCCUCUUGUAGGAAUAGAUUUGCCGACAUCUUGGGUAAAUAUGGAGAAAGCCAUUAGAGCAUACAGAGAGAAUCUCAAGCCUCCAGAGGUUCCUUGUAUGACAAAGGAACAGUUUGAAAAGUUUGCUUAUGAAAAGGCUGGCCUUGAGGGCUCUGAGGUUGGAUCUAGUCUCAAUUACCUUGACUCAGUGGGAGAGAUCAAAUAUUAUGAUAACAUUCCCAAAACACAAUACAGUGUUUUCCUGGACCUUCCCUGGCUUUGCAAACUGGUUAAACUUCUAUUCAGGCAUGACUAUGAGGAAAAGGAUGCCAUUGAAUUCAAAGAUGAUUACAUGGACUUUGGCAUGGAAAGAAUUAAGUUUGAUAAUCACCUUCAACGAUUGAAAGAUUAUGGAAGGUUAUCAUUGGAUCUUUUGAGGUGUUUUUGGCAGGAGCUGCAACUGAAUGAAGACAAGUUCCUCAAAGUGAUUAGUAGUCUAGUGGUGUUUGGAUUGGCUUGUGAAAUACCUUUCCAUCUAAAAGAAGAAUUGUUCAUUCCCUGGUUUUUGCAUUCUGARCUGGAUUCACAAACUAAGCAAGAAUACUUUCCUGACGUAUCUGAACCUGACCAGCUUGAAUUAAAACUCAGGUUUUGCAUUGUUGGGUACCUUCCUAGUGGGGUGUUUGAUCGACUGUGCGUCCGAUGCUAUGCCCUUGGUAUUGAUGUGUUGACAUGGAAAAAUAGCAUGCUUAUAUGCCAAGRYGACAUACAAAUAUACCUGGAAGUGAUUGAAUCACAAAUUACUGUAACUGGGCGCAUUAAAUCUGACAUAAAGAAACUUUGGGUUGCAAUUUUGGGAAUUGUUAAGGAACUGAGAUCCUUGCUGUCUGAAUGGCCUAGAGUUUCGUACAAUACCUAUACACUCUGUCCYCAUUGCAUCAAAAAGAAAUCCAAAAAGCCUCACCACUUUGAUUGCAAAUGGUGGACAGGAGAAAAACCGACAAGUACAAGGUGUGCGGUAAAAAAGUCUGAGGUGAUCGAUGUCAACCAAGUUGUUCCACCCCCAGAACUGCUCAAAAGAGGAGAUGCGCCAAUCCUCCCAGUUGCUGUGUCUUCACCUCUGGCAAGGGAAUUGGCACAACAGAUACCAGAUGAUUGGCAGAAACUGGGGACGUUUCUUGGACUGUCGAACCAAAUAAUAAAUGCCAUCAAAUCAGACCACGCUGGAAAUGUAGGCAAUAUGGCAUACGCGAUGUUGGAAAAGUGGAAAGAAUUAAAAGGCAAAGAGGCAACGACUCUGCAACUAAUCGAAGCAUUAAAGAAGUGUGAGAGGGAAGACUUAGUAAAAGUUGUAUGUGACGCCCAAUACUAGAUAAAAUGGACCCUCUACUUAGCGAUCAAUGGUCGUAAAUCUUAU